GUGACGUCACGGGCAGGGCACGGAGGCCAGCUCGUUGGAAAACGGGGAUCCGCCAUAAAGACAGUCCGGGCUCAGUACAGGACGCAGACUAUCUACCAGCAGCACCGCGACGUUUCUACAAGAGAUGGUGCGUGCCGCGUGGGCGGUGCUGCGGAGGAUAUCUCACGAGGGAGCAGCAGUGCUGAAAUCAAGCGUACCCGCCAGCAGCAGAAGCAGUAGCAUUCGUGGAGCAGCGCUACUGAGGAGUUCACCUGGGGGAGCGUUUACCUGUCCGCACAGAGCUGUAACCAGCGGCGUGAGACUCCUGCAGUCCGCAGUCAGAAUGCCCGAGAUCACCACGGAUCACCUGGAUGACAAGCAGGUGCAGCUGCUGUCCGAGAUGUGCAUCCUCAUCGAUGAGAAUGAUCGAAAAACCGGAGCGGACACCAAGAAAAACUGUCACCUCAACUCUAAUAUAGAUAAAGGUUUGUUGCACAGAGCGUUCAGCGUGUUCCUGUUCAACAGUGAUAAGAAGCUGCUCCUCCAGCAGAGAUCAGAUGCCAAAAUUACUUUUCCAGGUUGUUUCACGAACACAUGCUGCAGCCACCCGUUACACACAGAGAGCGAGCUGGAGGAGAAAGACGCCAUCGGAGUGAGGAGAGCCGCUCAGAGGAGACUGGAGGCCGAGCUGGGGAUCCCCAUGGAGCAGGUGACCCCAGAGGAAAUGACGUACCUGACACGGAUCCACUACAAGGCUCAGUCGGACGGGGUCUGGGGAGAACAUGAGAUCGACUACAUCCUCUUCAUGCAGAAGGACGUGGAGCUGAAUCCAGAUCCCAACGAGAUCAAGAGCCACUGCUACGUGAGCAAAGAGGAGCUGAAGGAGAUGAUGGAGAAGGCCAAGCGCAGCGAGCUGGAGCUCACGCCCUGGUUCAGCCUCAUCGCCGAGACCUUCCUCUUCCAGUGGUGGGACGACCUGCACAACCUCAAGCGCUUCAUCGACCACGACACCAUCCACCGCAUGUAACCGCACGGCCUCCGGUCAUUUCAAAGCUUUAGGUCGUAGCAGCACUCGCCUGACGCACCGGACCAGCUGUGAGAAGCACCGGAUGACUCGCAGUGGUUCAUAAAUCUUGCUAUCCGGGAGAUGAGAGGAUUUAGUGAGCUGCGCUCGUCUUCACAGUAGAUUAGCUGAUCAGAGGUGAGGCCGUGCCGAUAAGCCACUCUGACUUUAAGACGGCAUGAAAUAUGUUAAUGUAUGAGGUAGACAAUGAGCGUUAUCACUCGACGGCUCCACAAUGAGAAAAGAAUAUUUUUUUAUACAGAAACUUGAAGUGCCUGAUAACAGGUCAAUCGGCUGAGGUGAAACAUGUCUGGAAGUCACAAAAGACUAUCUGUCAAUGCAUUGUUACAGUGGUAUCAGUGAACAGGCUGAAUCUUUCUACUACUGUUUGAUUGUGAGCAUUAGCAGCAGAUGGCUUCAUGGUAUCUCUGCAGACCCGAAAGUAGUGUCAUUUGAAGGUUUCUCACUUAACUUUGAACAAUAAAGGGUUCCACCUCCUCU